AUGACAAGCGAACAGCACAAAUUGUCACUAGGUGGCAAUGGCACCUCUUCACAUACACGAAACACAUCAUCUUCGAGACUUUCGAGAACAAACUCGUCCUUGUCUAGCAAUGGCAACGAUCUCGAAAAGGGCCACCACAGCCAUCCUGACUCUGAUCACGAUAAUCAGCGUGCAAUACCUGUGAUCGACACCACAGACACGGCCGUGGAGGAGAACGAAAAGGACACCAUCUCCCGGGUCGUUAGUGUGACGACCGGAAACGUUGUUGAUUGGAAUAACGCAUCGGAUCCACGACGCCCAAUAAACUGGACUCCAAAGAAGAAGUGGAUGAACAUCUCAGUCAUAUCUGUCCUCACAUUCCUUACACCGUUAGCAUCGUCGAUGGUCGCACCUGCUGUUCCUAGCAUGAUGCGAGAUUUUAGAUCAACUGAUACUACGAUAGCCUCGUUCAUAGUCUCGAUAUACAUCCUCGGCUACGCGGUUGGACCCUUGUUUAUUGCGCCCCUAUCGGAAAUCUAUGGCAGACUAUACAUCUACCACGUUUGCAAUAUUUCGUUCAUCAUUUGGAACAUGGCUUGCGCACUGGCACCAACCUCAUCAAUUGCUUCCCUCCUCAUCUUCCGCCUGUUGGCUGGAAUUGCAGGAUCUUGUCCCAUCACGAUUUUUGCUGGCAGUAUCGCCGAUGUCUUCAUCCAGGAAAAGCGUGGUGGUGCCAUGGCUAUUGCUGCACUAGGCCCGUUGGUCGGACCUGUCAUUGGACCAGUUGCAGGCGGGUUCCUCUCUGAAGCUGCUGGAUGGCGAUGGGUAUACUGGGUUAUCACCAUCGCAGCUGGCGUGACCGCAGUAGGGUCGAUCAUCCUUCAGCGAGAGACUUACGAGCCAAUCCUACUUCAAAAGCUCACGGACAAGCUGAAGAAGGAGACCAGCAACCCGCAUCUCCGCAGCAAGCUCGAUAACGGCUUGAGCAAGAAGGAGAUGUUCAAGCGAGCCAUAAUUCGUCCCACGAAAAUGCUCGUCAGAUCUCCUAUCGUGCUAAGCCUCUCUGUCUACAUUGCUGUCGUUUAUGGAUACCUCUACUUGCUUUUCACCACCCUCACGCCCGUAUUUGAAGGAACGUACGGAUUCGGACCCGGACCUGUGGGCCUGGUGUUUCUUGGUAUCGGAGUCGGGUCAUUUGCUGGACUUGUUAUUUUCGGCAUAAUGAGCGACAGACUGCUCAAAAGCCUGACAAAACGGUCUGGCACCGACGAGAUGAAGCCCGAGUAUCGUCUGCCUCCUCUGUUACCUGCGAGUCUAAUCAUUCCGAUUGGACUCUUCUGGUAUGGUUGGUCUGUUGAGAAUGCCAGCAAAGUACACUGGAUUGUACCGAUUAUAGGAACAGCGUUAGUAGGAAUUGGGAUGAUCGGAAGCAUGAUGGCUUCUCAAACCUACCUUGUGGACGCCUUCACCGUACAUGCCGCGAGUGCGAUAGCUGCCAAUACCGUUUUGAGGAGUCUGGUCGGAGCCUUCCUGCCGUUGGCAGGGCCCAAGCUGUACGAUUCCUUAGGUCUAGGCUGGGGCAACAGUCUACUUGCGUUUAUUGCACUGGCGUUGUCGCCUAUGGCGUGGAUUUUCUAUCGCUACGGUGAAAUGAUACGGAAGAGAUAUGCCGUUGAGUUCUGA